UUCUGUAAAACGAGACCCAAGCAGCGAAGUGGGGAUGGAAGUCCGGCGUCCAUUAUUUAUGGGUGGAGAUCGUGUUCGAUCGCGAUCGGUCUGGGCGCUUUGUUGAACCAGCUGGCCACGUCCUUGAACCGAAACCAAAACUACAAAAUCUCUGGUUGUUGUGCUCUCCACCACAGAGCGCUUGUGCUCAAUUUGAAGACCCACAAUGCGGUUUCUAUGGCUACUACUUCCUCUGGCGGCGACAGCAUUAUCAGAAGCGGUAAAUGGGUCCGAAUCCUUACUAUGGGGAACCUACCGGCCCAACCUAUACUUUGGUCUCCGACCGAGGCUUCCUCAGUCACUCAUGACUGGAUUGAUCUGGUUUGGUACCAAUGACUAUCAGUCUAUCUCUAGUCAAAGCGCGACAUGCAUGCGACCAAGAGGACGGUCUUGAUUCCUACACGUGGACCAAGUAUGACGCUCGCGAGGGUGGUGUACAAGUGAUUAAGGACAGUCAGAACAAUGUCAAGCUGACGACGGAGUACCUCAAAGUACCUGGCGGAGAGCAUGGGGGAAGUUGGGCUGCUAGAAUCAAGGGCCAACCUCUGAACCCAGACCAACCGUCCAGGAUCUCGACAAUAUUCUAUGCUGGUAUUGAUGGCCUCGGCGGCAUUGACUUGGAGACAGACGAAGACGAAAAUGGAAUAGAUGGACCCGUGGUUCUUGCCGGUUCUUCUUUGGAGCUGGAUGAUUUCACCCUCAGGAUCGUUGACGAUCCCGACAAUACUGGAGUAACCAAUGGUCCUCAUGCCAAAGCGUUCGCUGAUCGGAUAGACAAAACGCACAUCGCAAGUUUCCGCAUCGCGCCUGGCACCGUUUGGCAAGCAAAAGAUCAUAUUCUUCAGAACAUCCUGAAACGCGCUCAAGAUGUUAUUGCACCUUACAGAGAUCCUGCUAUUGGCGCGCCCGAUCCUUCGUUCGUCUUGCAGCUCUCUGAUGAAGUGUACACUGGGAGCACAUUAUAUGCGAUCCAGAAGUUUUUCGAUGGACCGUUUCAGUUUGAUAUAUUCUUUGAAAGCGCCAGUGCGAAACAGAAGCUGAGCGCUUCUACUCUGGGCGAGGGAAUCAAAGCAUUCACGACUGCAUAUGAUGCUCGUUUCGACGAAGUCUUCCCAGUCCCCUCAUCAUACCAAACAUCAGACCUAGAUUCGCUGAAAGCGUUCUCAAAAGCAAUUACCUCCAACCUAAUAGGCGGUAUCGGCUAUUUCUACGGAACGUCCAUUGUGGACAAAGGCUUUGCAUAUGAAUGGGACCAGGAUGAUGAGGACGACGCGGACGAUGAUGAAGAACACAAGGGUGCAAGGCUGACGGAAUCAAAAGCACUACUCACCGCCACUCCAAGUAGAAGUUUCUUCCCUCGAGGUUUCUACUGGGAUGAAGGGUUCCAUUUACUGCAUAUCGGCGAAUGGGACAACGAUCUUAGCUUGGAAAUUCUAAAGGAUUGGAUCAACCUUAUUGACGAGAACGGUUGGGUCGCUCGUGAGCAAAUUCUUGGCGAGGAAGCCCGUAGCAAGGUACCAGCCGAAUUCCAAACUCAAGUACCUACGUGGGCCAACCCACCUACGUUGACGAUGGCAGUAACGGCUUUUGUCAACCGUCUCAAAGUCGCAGGCCUAGGGCCAUCCGACCAAGACCUUGGCCUUGACUUUAACAUGGGCUCGCAACAAGAAGUAAUGUCCGAACACGUAACCUCGACGUCACUCCGUUCAAGAUAUCUAUCCGACCCAGGCCUUUCUCUCGAGUACCUCCGCUCAAUAUACAAACCCCUCAAGCGCCACUAUGACUGGUUCCGUCGCACCCAACGAGGGCAGAUCAAACAAUAUGGCAGGAAGGCUCGAUCACGCACAGAGGCCUAUAGAUGGAGAGGUAGGAGUAAGGAUCAUGUGUUGACAAGUGGAAUGGACGAUUACCCUCGGGGACCACCUCAUACUGGUGAAUUGCAUUUGGACCUGAUAAGCUGGAUGGCGUUCUUCACGAGGACUAUGAGGGACAUUGCUGAGUUCAUUGGCGAGACCGAUGAUGCCUCAGCGUUUAUUGUGAUCGAAAGGGCGACAUUGGAUAACAUUGAAGACUUGCACUGGAGUGAGGAGCACCAGAUGUACUGCGAUGUCAAUGUUAAUGACGAAGACGAGUCCUAUCAUGUCUGUGAUAAAGGUUACCUCUCGUUAUUCCCGUUCCUUCUUUCCCUCCUCCCUCCGGAAUCUCCACAUCUGGGCCCAAUUCUUGAUUUGCUUCAUGACCCCGAACAUCUUUGGUCACCAUACGGUCUUCGAAGUUUAUCCGCAUCACAUCCCCUUUUCGGUCAAGGCGAGAACUAUUGGAAGGGGCCAAUAUGGGUACAGAUGAACUACUUAGCAUUAAGUGCUCUUUACAAAACGUAUGGCGCAAGGGAAGGUCCCUAUCAAGAACGUGCGAAAGAGAUAUACGCGGAGCUUAGAAAGAAUGUUGUUGAUAAUGUCCAUAAGGAGUUUCAACGCACAGGAUAUGUUUGGGAACAGUAUGAUGCGAAGACCGGAGAAGGUCGAAGAAGUCAUCCUUUCACUGGGUGGACCUCUUUGGUUACAUUGAUUAUCUCGGAGAAGUAUUACUAGACUUCCACGAACUUUGUAUUGUUAGACAUGUCCACGCGAUUUCUACUAUUGCCAAUCGAACAGUGUCAUGAUGGAUCUACUUAUCGAUCCAGGGUCCAGACGCUUAAGCAAUGCGACUACCUCAAGGCUCCUUCAUCUACAG